GUUUAAUUUCUCUUUGGCGAUGGCGAGUUUGGAUGAAAAGUGGGAAGCUUUUGUCAAGUUUGAGUCUGUUGUGGUAGUAGAUCGUGAAAGAGAUGUUUUUCGAGUGACAGAAGAACUGUAUUAUCUUCAUAGCGGCCGAGAGCAACUCAGGGGUGUAACAAGUAGUUGCAACUAUCGCUUGACCAUACCAUUUGCCCCCCAUCUCUUUGGCUCGGGCAAAACGACCUUUGCCCGAACCUAUUUGGAGUUGGUGCAAAGGGGGUUGAAGCCCACAGAACCGAAAGAACGCAACCUAAAGUGGGCAGUAUACUAUUUAUUGUACCGAUCAGCUUGUAAUCAGAUGGGUCUACCGUUUAUGAAGCCUGAUGAAGCCUACAGACACUUUCCUCUCUAUCCAAGCUUUCUAAUUCCAGAGCUACGGAAGACUUUGGGCAUUACUUCCGAUCAAUAUCUUUUGUUGGCAUUUGACGAAGUUGGUGUGUUUGAUACAAAGGCAACUUUUUUUGAACUGGAGAAGAAUGACAAAGGUGUGGUUCGACCGUACAAUGACUUUUUUGGUAUCAUUAGUCAUUUGUGCGAAGAACCCGACUUGUUUUUUAUUGUUGUUGGGAAAAGCAAGGGUUUAAGUAUUAAGAAUGAUGUGGCUUUUGGGCUAUCAAGAGUUAUAUUACAUUUUAUCCCUUUAUCACCUUUGGACGCUUCCAGUAUCGUUGAGUUCCUUCAAAAAAGUCUUCUUGAGACACCUACUCAAGUUCCGGUUUGUAAUGUCUUAUGUAGUUCUUCAUUUUCAGUAAAUGAAUUGGCAGAUUCGUUAUUGGAAUGUACAGGUGGAGUUCCUGGUUUGUUGACUCGUGCUGUGAAUAUGCUUUUGAAUUAUGUGGAAAUGAGAAAUAAGCCUUUCAUAUCGAAAGAAGAAUGUUUGACGUGUAUGAAUGACUACGAUUUCCGAAGAAUUUGUGCUGAACCAUUUGUGGAACGAAUAUUGAUUUUGGACGAGGAUAGAAAAAGUGUUUUUGAUAUACUUUUGAUGAUGGCUCUUUAUCGUAUACCGUUUCAAGUAGAUGACAUAUUGACCUCGGAGUCUUUUUUAUUUGAUGCAGUCACUGAAAUGGGACUAUAUCGAUAUCCUAUUGACCAGAAUACUUUUCAAGUCCUGAUUCCAAAAGUAUUUGUUGGAAUCUUCAAGAGGGACCCUUCCAUAUCUUCUUUGGAAAAGAUACUUCUUGGAUCACUUGAUGUAGAACCAGUAGAUUGUUUCUUCUAUUCAAAGUGUCGUGUAUUUGAAGGAAUUGUUGCUUUACGACUAGUUUUGAUGUUGUCUUCAAAGAAUCGAAAUGAGUUGAGAGAAUUGUUGUGUCAAUUGUCUCCGAUAUGGAAACAAAUGAAACUUCCAAUCAGUACAAUAUCACCUAUUCACUAUAUCAAGUCUGUUGUUAGUUCUAGAGAAACAAGAAGUGAAUCGAACAAGAGUCGAAGAACUUUUGCCAAUACUGAAUGGAAUAAGAUUAUUCGAGAGACACUUUAUUUAGAGACUAUUUACAUUCCUUUGGACGCUACUUCUCAUAGUCCUGAUAUUAUAUUCCAAUUACAAUCUCCUGUGGAACCCAAAGUUCUUACUGUUGGAGUUGCAUGUAAAGGACGUUGGAAGUCGGAAGGAAUUGGCUGGUCAGAUAUUAUAGAUGAAGCCAAGAAAUUUUUAUAUCCUGUUUAUGAUCAAGUCUUAUCCAGUGCAAUGGAUUCUCAUCAUUGUAUGCUUAUUAUCGUUAGUACAAAGUUAUCCUUGAAUGUUUCUAAUGAGUUGGGUAAUCAGAGUCGUUGUUACUCCAGUGGAAUGUUUAUUGGAAAUGAUUCGUUCAAAGUACCUGAUAAUUGUGAACUUGUUAUUCUUUGUGAAAGAGAUGUCCAAAUGCUGAUUGACGAAGAAAUAUUGAGCGGACUUGAAAGAGUAUUUGGUGUUUCUCAUAAUCCUACUUUUUGGGAUUUUGGAUUAGAUUUACUUGAUAGAAUCCGUAACAGUUUCUUAAGUUGGCAAUAGAUUCUAACUCAAUCCUUCACUUUGUGAUUUGUUUUGAAGAGCAAAUAAACUUGUUUUGUAUGUU